AUGAGCCAACUGGCUUCCUUCGUCAGCCGCUUGGAAUCUCAAGGUAAGUUUUCAUCCCAAACUACUAUUAAUCCUAAACAAAACGUUAGUGCUAUUACCUUGUGCAGUGGAAAAGAGCUACAACUCGAAAAUAGUACUAGGCGUGGGCAUGCACAGCAGGACAAAACAGAGGAUGCAAUCGAAAUUCUUUCAAAACAAGCUGAGAAAUUCAACCAAGUCAGCAAGGAAAAUCGCAAGGUGUUCGUGCCCAAACCUCCCUCCCCGGAGAGAUUUGCCAAGUCCAAAGAGGAGGAAGAGGAGAAGGAUAUCCUUGAAACAUUACUCAACGUUGAGGUAAAUAUUCCCUUGCUCGAUGCAAUUAAACAAAUACCUCGCUAUGCAAAGUUUCUUAAGGAGUUGUGCACCAACAAAUCCAAAUUGAGAGAUGAUGAAAGGGUAAGCAUGGGAGAAAAUGUGUCUGUCAUUCUUCAAAGAAAACUACCUCUUAAAUGCAAUGAUCCAGGUGCGUUUUCUAUCCCUUGCAAAAUUGGAAAGAUUGGAAUAGAAAAAGCAAUGUGUGAUUUGGGUGUCUCUAUCAAUAUUAUGCCUCUUACUAUUUAUGAAUCUUUGAAUAUUGGCCCAUUGAAAGAAACGGGGGUUAUUCUUCAACUUGCCGAUCAUUCCGUAGUUUACCCCGAAGGAGUUCUUGAGGAUGUACUUGUGCAAGUUAAUGAAUUGGUUUAUUCUGCUGACUUUUAUGUGCUUGAUAUGAAGGAGGAUAUUUCUCUCAAUUCUACAUCUAUCUUGCUAGAAAGACCAUUCCUUAAACCCUCAAAAACCAAAAUUGAUGUUGAUGCCGGAAUACUCUCUAUGGAAUUUGAUAAUGAGUUCUUGACAUCAAAGUACUGUAAGCGCUCUUGUGUUGUUGCUGCCCGUGCUCAUGUUAAUAGCUCCUCUAUCUGGCGGCGUCUGAAAUCGGGACAGGGUAUGAAGGAGGGAUCUUUCAUCUUAGCACUUGGAGCUGGUAGUCUUUGUUUCUCGAAUGAUUUCUGGGUUGGGGAGGCUCCAUUAGGGGAUCUUGUUCAGCCUCAUCUAGUUCCGCAUGAGUGA